UAUCUCGCAGGGGUCGCAUCCAGUUGGCGUCAGUUCAGUCGUGUACUUCGCUGGUUGAAGUCGUUUUUAAAGUGCCUUUUCUACUACUUCUUACUUCUCGUUGUGGUGCUCUUUUGUGCUAGCUUUUUUAUUGUUCGGAUAAAAUCUUCUAAGAAAAAAAAACAAAAUGGAUUUCUACUAUCUGCCAGGAUCUGCGCCAUGCCGCGCUGUUCAGAUGACCGCCGCCGCCGUUGGCGUCGAACUGAAUCUCAAGCUUACCAAUCUAAUGGCCGGUGAGCAUCUCAAACCGGAAUUCAUAAAGCUAAACCCUCAACAUACCAUUCCAACGCUGGUGGAUGGCGAUUUCUCGCUGUGGGAAUCCCGUGCCAUUCAGGGCUACCUGGUCGACAAGUACGGCAAGGAUGACAAACUGUACCCGAAGGAUCCGAAGAAGCGUGCCCUCGUCAACCAGCGGCUGUACUUCGACAUGGGAACUCUGUACCAACGCUUCGGUGAUUACUGGUACCCGCAGAUUUUUGCCAAGCAACCGGCCAACCCGGACAAUCUGAAGAAGAUGGAGGAAGCCGUUGGCUUUCUGAACACGUUCCUCGAGGGUCAACAGUACGCGGCCGGUGCCGACCUGACCAUUGCCGAUCUGAGCCUGGCGGCGUCGGCUGCCACUUACGAGGUCGCCGGGUUUGACUUCUCCAAGUAUCCGAACGUUCAGGCGUGGCUGGAACGGUGCAAGAAGAACGCCCCGGGCUACGAUUUGAACCAGGCCGGAGCCGAUGAGUUCAAGGCUAAGUUCUUGUCCUCAGUUUAGGGUGGAACGACUGGAGGAAACGAAUCUCGAGCCAAUAGAAACUAAGCACAAAAUAAAGGCAAGCGGCUUGUUUGCGAGAUUAAGUUAUAA